UCCAGCGGUCGUAUCUUUUCGUUUGAUAUUGUAUGUCAAAGUUUACAUGUUUUUAUCGCAUUAAGGCCAUAAAUCUUAUUAAUCCUUUAAAGUUAAUAUUGUUGUGAUUAUGUGUUAUCUUCCUCAGUGAAUUUAAGUCGGCUGAUAAGGGUGUCGUUGCAUGGGGGAAGUCAGGCAUCAAAAUGGGAGACAGCUUCUUGCACCUGGGGGACAUAGUAUCUCUCUAUGCGGAGGGCUCGGUUGCAGGCUUUCUCAGCACUUUAGGGUUGGUAGAUGACAGAUGCGUGGUUUGUCCUGAAGCUGGCGACCUAACUGAUCCACCCAAGAAGUUUAGAGAUUGUCUGUUCAAAAUAUGUCCUAUGAACCGGUACUCCGCACAGAAGCAGUUCUGGAAUACUGCCAAGCAGUCAGCGAACGCCAACGCCGACACAGACACGGGGCUUUUGAAGAGGCUACAUCAUGCCGCGGAAAUAGAAAAGAAGCAAAAUGACAUGGAAAACACAAAAGUCCUCGGAACAGUAGUGCAAUAUGGUAGUGUCAUUCAACUACUCCACGUCAAGAGUAACAAAUAUUUAACUGUGAAUAAAAGAUUGCCUGCUUUAUUAGAAAAAAAUGCAAUGCGCGUACAUCUUGAUGCGAAUGGGAACGAGGGAUCGUGGUUUUAUGUUAUACCCUUUUAUAAGCUCAGAUCGACGGGCGAUAACGUGGUGGUGGGUGACAAAGUGAUCCUAAAUCCUGUAAAUGCUGGGCAGCAAGUGCUUCAUGUGUCUGCGAAUCACGAGUUACCAGAUAAUGGUGGAUGUAUGGAGGUGAACGUAGUAAACUCCUCAACGUCCUGGAAGGUCACUCUAUUCUUAGAACACAAAGAGAACCAAGAAGAGAUCCUCAAAGGAGGGGAUGUAGUGCGACUCUUCCACGCCGAACAAGAGAAGUUUCUUACUAUGGACGCGUAUAGAGAGAGACAGCAUGUGUUUUUGAGAACCACUGGCCGGUCCAGUGCCACUGCCGCCACCAGUAGUAAAGCCUUGUGGGAGAUUGAGGUGGUCCAACACGAUCCAUGCAGAGGAGGUGCAGGUCACUGGAACUCCAUAUUCAGGUUUAAACACCUCGCUACUGGGCACUACUUGGCCGCCGAAGCCUGCCCGAAAGCCUCAGAAUCGAGCAACGAUGGCUUAGAACCAGCAUAUCAGCUGAUAUCAGUACCGCACUCGUCAGAAAUAGCGACGCUCUUCGAAUUGGACCCUACAACUAUGACCCACUCGGACGCACCCGUGCCACAGAGCAGUUAUGUUAGAUUACAACAUCUUUGUACGCACACCUGGGUUCAUUCAACAUCGAUACCCAUAGACAAGGAUGAGGAUAAACCUGUGAUGUCCAAGGUUGGUUGUUCAGUAAUAAAGGAAGAUAAAGAAGCAUUCGCUCUAAUAUCAGUAUCGCCCAGCGAAGUAAGAGAUUUGGAUUUCGCCAACGACGCAUGUAAAGUGCUGUCUGCUCUCUCUACAAAAUUGCAUCAGGGGAAUAUUGAACAUAAUGAGAUGAAGGCCCUAACUUGCCUCCUUCAAGACAUAGUGUACUUCAUAGCUGGGUAUGAAAAUGAGCCGAAUAAAUCAAAAGCCCUGGAUCUUGUCGUGGAAAACCCUAAUCGGGACAGGCAGAAGUUACUAAGAGAGCAAUAUAUUCUGGGACAACUGUUUAAAAUAUUACAAGGUCCAUUUGAAGAAUCUUCGGAAGGCGAACCGUUCCUAAAGAUCGAGGAGCUCUAUGAUCCCAGAUACGCGCCCUACAAAUUUAUAUUCAGACUUUGCUAUAGAAUAUUACGAUUGAGCCAACAGGAUUAUAGGAAAAAUCAAGAAUACAUAGCAAAGCACUUCGGCUUCAUGCAAAAGCAAAUCGGUUACGAUAUAUUAGCGGAAGACACGAUCACUGCCCUCUUACACAACAACAGGAAGUUGUUGGAGAAACACAUUACCGCUGCUGAAAUUGAGACUUUUGUUGGUCUGGUCCGUAAGAACAUGAAGACAUGGCAAUCUCGGUUUUUGGACUACCUCAGUGACCUAUGUAUUUCCAACCGGAAAGCCAUUGCCGUAACACAAGAGUUGAUCUGCAAGAGCGUCCUUUGUGCAAAUAACGCUGACAUACUGAUUGAAACCAGAUUAGUGACCACAAAAUAUGAGAGUAAGUCUUCGGGCGAUGGGCAGAAUUAUUCCGUAGAUGUUAUACUGCUAUGGAAUAAUAAACAGUCCAAACGCCUUCUAUCACAGUUAGCGGCGGAAGCAAAGGCGGAUCCUCGUUGUGAAGCGGCAGCCAUCUUGGAUUACUACAGACACCAACUUGACUUAUUCUCAAAUAUGUGCCUUAAUAGACAAUACUUGGCUUUAAACAGUCUUUCUCAGCAACUUCACAUCGAUCUAAUUCUUAAAUGUAUGUCUAACGAGUCGCUUCCACAUGAAGUGCGAGCAUCAUUUUGUCGGCUGAUGCUUCACCUUCACGUGGAUAGAGACCCACAAGAACCAGUCACGCCGGUCAAAUACGCUAGACUAUGGACGGAGGUGGCUGAUACAAUACAUAUACACGACUACCAAUGUGUCCGCGGUGGAUCUCACUCUACACGUGAUAUAGUAAAGAAGCAGUUCUCUUCAACAAUUGAGUUUGUGGAGAGCUACCUCUGUAACGUUGUCAAGAUGACCUGGUAUUUUGGAGACCACGACCAGAAUAAAUUGACAUUUGAAGUAGUGAAAUUGGCCAGGGAACUUAUAUACUUUGGGUUUUAUAGCUUCAGCGAUCUAUUACGUCUCACCAAAACUCUCCUAAGUAUAUUGGACAGUGUGACCACCAUUGAUUUACUAGACGAUACGCGUGCACUAACUGGAGACGUUGAAUCCGAAGGUGGCGUGUUACGCACAAUAGGAGACAUGGGAGCUGUAAUGACUUCAAUCACACUAGGAGCUGCUAAUCAAGUGGUGAGCGGCGGGAACGCGCAACGCAGCCCAUCUGCUCUCGCGCUGGCGCGAAAACAUCCACUCGUUAUGGACACGAAACUCAAGAUCAUUGAGAUUCUACAGUUCAUCCUGGACGUUCGGUUGGACUACCGCAUCAGCUGUCUGCUGUCCAUCUUCAAGAAGGAGUUCGAGCAGGCCGGUGAUAAGGCAGACAGCAUCGCCCGGGCUGAUGUUGAGGCGAUUGGUCUGCAAGCCGAGGGCAUCUUUAGUUGCCAAACAAUACAGACUGUGCCUGACAACUGUCUUCCAAAAAAUGUAGAUUUGAACGGCCUGGAUCUGGACGGGCGUGGCGGAGGCAAAGUCCUUCGCGUGUUACUGCAGCUCUGUUCGCAAGGCGCUUCGGCUGCGCUCGUCUCUGGCGCUCUUGCGCUGCUCUUCAGACAUUUCAGUCAGCGGCAGGAGGUGUUGGCUGCGUUUAAGCAGGUACAACUACUAGUGUCGGACGCAGAUGUGGAGUCUUACAAGCAGAUAAAGGCAGACCUAGACGUGCUACGUCAGAGUGUGGAGAAAUCCGAACUCUGGGUCUUCAAUAAAGGCCGAGCUGGAACAUUAGACGACCAUACAGAAAUCAAAGGUACGGUGGGUCCGGGCGGUGCAGUGUUAGAGCGUAACGCGUCCCUGGACAACGUACUCGACACGUCCAAAACUGCGAAAUACGACACCAUGAGCGAAUAUAAGAAAAUUAAACAGAUUCUAGAACGUAUGAUAAAGUACUGCACUAGCGGGAAUAAUGGUGAUAGUGGUUCCGGUAGACCAAGGAGACAUGAGCAGAGGCUCCUCAGGAACAUUGGCGUUCAUAAUAUCGUCCUUGACCUGCUGCAGGUGCCUCAUGACGAAGACGAUGCGGCCAUGAACGAACUGCUGGAUCUGGCUCAUGAGUUCCUCCAGCACUUCUGUCACGGAAACCAGCAGAACCAAACAAUACUGCACAAACAUCUGGAUUUAUUUCUUAAUGCUAGUAUACGUGAAGCACAAACAGUGUGCGCGAUAUUUGAAGAAAACGCGAAUCUAUGUGAUCGGGAAGGUAAUGAGAAAGUAGCAGCUCACUUCGUCCACUGUAUCGAGACCCAUGGAAAAAGACCAGCAUACUUAAGAUUUCUACGGACAAUAGUACGUGCCGGAGGUCAACAUAUACGGCGCAGUCAGGAUCUAGUUAUGCAAGAGAUGGUGAACGCAGGUGAAGACGUUCUGGUGUUCUACAACGACAAAGUAUCAUUCAAUCACUUCAUACAGAUGAUGCGCGAGUACAAACAAACUGGGGAAAUGCCGGAGGUUCUUACGUACCAUAUUCAACUGGUAAAACUCCUAACCUGUUGUACUCUGGGCAAGAAUGUGUACACGGAGAUUAAGUGCCACAGCCUCUUACCAUUGGACGAUAUCGUAGCAAUGAUCACCCAUAUUGACUGUAUACCUGAAGUAAAAGAAGCCUACGUGGGAUUCCUGAAUCACUGCUACAUCGACACUGAAGUGGAGAUGAAGGAGAUCUACUCCAGCAAUUACAUGUGGGAUCUCUUCGAACGGUCCUUCCUGCAGGACAUGAAUGCUAUACUGCAACCUGUUCCGGGAACGUCAUCCGAGCCAGAAAAGAUGUCUGGCGGCAGCAAGCAAGCAUGGGUUGACUAUGUGACAGACGUACUGAUGCACACUAUAUGUACAUUCUUCAACUCUCCCUUCAGCGAUCAAAGCACCACUGUACAGACACGACAAUCUAUAUUUGUGAAACUACUUCAAAGCACAUUCCGUAUCUACCAGUGCCCGUGGCUCAAUCCGCCUCAGAAACUUAACGUUGAAAAGUGUAUCAGAACACUCAGUGAUGUUGCAAAGACUCGAAGUAUAGCGAUACCACUAGAGCUUGAAGCUAAAAUCCAGACGGUAUUCGAAAAGGCUGCUGCUCUUUCCAGGCAAACUAGCAAAUGGCUACUUGUAUCUAAAACAAGCAAACUUGAGAAAAUGGCUUCGCAGAGCAACCUCCAAAACGAUAGAUCAGUGAUGGAGGGUCUCCAAGAGAUAGUCUCUUUACUUGAGGAGCAGCUUCGGCCUUUAUUGCAAGCAGAACAAUCAUUGUUAGUGGACAUCCUGUAUAAGCCACACAGGCUCUUCACAUCGCCCGGAGAAUUAACGCAUCCCGAUACUAGUGGGAUAUUUAUAUAUAGAUUAAUCAGGCAUACCGAGAAACUUCUCGAAGAAAAAGAAGAGAAAUUAUGUGUUAAAGUUCUUCGUACUUUAAGGGAGAUGAUGGCUGUCGAUCCUGAAUACGGAGAAAAAGGCAAUCAAUUGCGAAACAAAUUGCUAUCACAAUACUUCGUGAAUAGGAAAUCUGAACCAAAGGUACAACCCCAAAUCCCGCUUGUCACCGUAACUCAUGGACCUGGGGCUGAAUCUCAACCACAAGUGAAGACAGCAAAGGUGUUAAUGCGCACUGGUCAAACAUUGGCACAAGUACAAGCCCAUUUGGAUCGUGAAGGUGCAUCAGAUCUGGUGGUGGAACUAGUCAUCAAUAGUACAAAUCGACCGGCCAUUUUCCUGGAAGCUAUUCAACUAGGUAUCGCACUACUCGAAGGCGGAAAUCCGAUCAUCCAAAACAGUAUAUUUACGAAAUUACAAAAUGGGGAGAUAUCGCAGGCAUUUUUAAAGGUAUUCUACGACAAAAUGCGGGAGGCUCAGCAAGAGAUACGUUCUCUGGCAGUGAGUAGUACGUCGGGAGCACAGUCCGACAAGCGUACUAGCCCUACUGAUCGUCCUAAACUGACCAUUACUGAAGGUAAAGCAGCCCAAGGACCAAUAGUUGUAGGAGAAGAUAUGGAAGAAGAAGUGAAUAACGCGUGUGGUUCCGCGGUACACGCAUACUCCGAUAUACAUACAAUGUCACAUGGUACAACAGUGCUGGAUGAGAUAAUGGCGGAAAAGAAACGAACGACCGGAAAUGGUGACUUAUUACCUGCCAAAGUGGCCGUCAUGAAGCCCAUACUUCGCUUCCUGCAGCUUCUUUGCGAGAACCAUAACCCAGAUCUACAGAAUCUCUUGCGUAACCAAAACAACAAGUCCAAUUACAAUUUGGUGUCAGAAACCCUUAUGUUCCUUGAUUGUAUCUGUGGUUCGACAACCGGUGGACUGGGGUUGCUGGGGCUUUACAUCAAUGAAGGAAAUGUGGCUCUCAUCAAUCAGACCUUAGAGACCCUCACUGAAUAUUGCCAAGGACCUUGUCAUGAAAAUCAAAACUGCAUAGCGACUCAUGAAAGCAACGGUCUGGACAUCAUCACGGCGUUAAUUCUCAACGACAUCAAUCCCUUGGGCAAGACCCGUAUGGAUCUGGUACUGGAGCUGAAGAACAACGCAUCAAAGCUUCUGCUGGCCAUUAUGGAGUCUCGGAAUGACUCCGAAAACAAUGCGGAAAGGAUACUUUACAAUAUGAAUCCUAAACUACUGGUGGAUGUAGCUUGCAGUGCGUUCAACCAAGAGCAUGCAGAUGCUGACUCAGACAGCGAAGAUGAUGCUCCCUGCGCAGGCGUCUCGCCUAAAGAGGUCGGUCACAACAUUUACAUCCUCUGUCACCAACUGGCUGCCCACAAUAAAGAGUUAGCGGCGCUGGUGAGGUCAACACCUACAGGACCUGCUGCACCGGCACUGCAAUACUAUCGCUCGCAUACAGCACAAAUUGAGAUAGUACGUACAGACCGUAGUAUGGAGCAGAUAGUUUUUCCGAUACCCGAAAUAUGCGAGUACCUUCCUGAUGACAGCAAGCACCGAGUGCUGCAGAGCGCAGAAAGGGAUGACCAGGGAAGCAAGGUGGCCGACUUCUUCGCCCGGCUUGAUAACCUAUUCCAUGAAAUGAAGUGGCAGAAAAAGCUCAGAGGCCAGCCACUUCUCUUCUGGGUGUCCUCCUACAUGUCAUAUUGGAGUAAUAUAUUAUUUAACUUCGCUGUGUUAAUUAAUGUCAUCGUAGCCUUUUUCUAUCCGUUUCAAGAGGAGACACCAAAGUUAAAUGAACACCUAUCAUUGGUAAUAUGGAUAGCGCUGUGUGCGUCUGGUGCUUUAGUGACUUGGGCACCUCGCUGGUCUAGUCUUCGUGCCUUGGCUGGCUGUAUUAUCGUGUUACUCAUAUCAUUACUUGGACCUGAGCCCAUGUUAUGGCUGCUGGGAAUGCUUACUGUGGUCGUAAAAGGCGUUCACCUAGUAAGCAUAAUGGGCAAUCAGGGCACUCUAUCGAAGUCAGCGCGCCACGUCAUUACGGACCCCGAGCUGCUGUAUCACGGGGUGUAUCUCAUAUUCUGCUUCCUGGGGAUUUGCUGUCAUCCAUUCUUCUUUUCCGUUCUGUUGCUAGAUAUAGUAUACCGUGAAGAAACUCUGUUAAACGUUAUGCGGUCUGUGACUCGCAAUGGGCGGUCCAUCCUUCUCACAGCAGUUUUGGCGCUGGUCUUAAUCUACAUGUUCUCCAUCGUGGGUUAUAUGUUCUUCAGGGAUCACUUCCUCGUCACCGUGGACCGGCUCGAUGAUGACGACGAUCCUCGGUUUGAGGUGGAAAAGUGCGGAGAUGACCCAGCAGCUAAGUACAGACAGCGCACGUCUCGUAUAGUGUCAGUGGGCGGGGACCUGCGCGAGCGCAGUUGCGAUUCACUUAUCAUGUGUAUCGUGACUACUCUUAACCAGGGCCUAAGGAAUGGAGGUGGUAUUGGCGAUAUACUUCGGGCUCCUGCUAGCUUUGAGCCGCUAUACGUAGCCCGAGUCGUGUAUGAUCUGCUGUUCUUCUUCGUGGUCAUCAUUAUCGUCCUCAACCUAAUCUUCGGUGUCAUCAUUGACACAUUCGCCGACCUCCGUAGUGAGAAACAACUCAAGGAGUCCAUACUUAAAAGCACUUGCUUUGUCUGCGGUUUGAACAGAUCAGCAUUUGACAACAAGACAGUCUCAUUCGAAGAGCACAUAAAGAGCGAGCACAACAUGUGGCAUUACCUUCACUUCAUGGUUCUGGUUAGAGUCAAGGAUCCCACCGAGUUCACAGGACCGGAGAGUUAUGUGCAUUCUAUGAUUAAGUCAAACAACCUGGACUGGUUUCCACGACUACGAGCUCUGUCGCUAAUGGGCGGUGGUGAAGGUGAAGGCGGGGAGCUGGAAGUGCGAGCUUUGCAGGCUCAGUUGGAACGAGCUCAACAGGCUGUUAGAACGCUCACGGACCUGCUUACAGACCUCCGUGAUCAGAUGACCGAGCAACGCAAGCAGAAACAGCGCAUAGGCCUCUUGAACUCGACAUCGGCGUAUCUUCACAACUUGCAGUUAAACUUGCCACCCUGAACCCAUACCUCGUAAAUACGAAUUCAUUCAUUUAGUACUUAUAUUUAAUUUUAUAAUUUUUACGACAAUAACAGAAUUAUUUGAAUCGCACAAUUUUUUGGCGAUUUGUAAUACGUACCGAUUCUAAAUUUCAUUCAAACGUAGCAAUAAUUAUACUAAAUUAUGCAUUUAAGAUUUCAAAUUAAGUAGGCGAGUAGUGUUUCCUAUCAGUGAUACCGGUAUACAGUUAUAUCCAAAGUAAUUAUAGAAUAUUUAUUAGGAACAAAUGUUUACUGACUUGAACAGGGUUUGUUUACUAGCGCUAAAUUUCAUUAUUUUAAAAUUUGUAUUUACUUAAAUUUGUGAUAGUUUUGUUUAUACGCUGUGGCGUACACCUCCGAACAAUUGUUGUGUGUCAAUGUCCCUUAAGGAUACAUUUAUAAUUUUGUAGUAUUUUUAUGUUGUCAUAUCGAAUAUAGCGUUAUCAAUAUUUAGCUUUUACCCAAUGAGCGUUAGUAGAUACAACUUUCUUUAAAAUUUUCCUUUAUAUCUAUCACUAGUUAUACGAGUUUUUAAGAUUUAUCUCUUUCUACUAAAUGUUGUCUACUUCAAAUUAUAUAGCUCUAAUAUUAAUUAUUACCUCUUUAUAAAUAAUUUGACAUGAAUUUAUUUAGAUUUCUAUUUCUAAAUAAAUGUCCACACUAACAUUCUUUUAUUAGUGGAACUAACAAACCUAUGAGCCGAAUUUUCUAUGGAAAUGGUAUAGUCACAGCUAGUAAUUACUAGUAAAGUAAAUACGAGAUAGAAAUAUCUAGUAUUUUUUUCAGCCAGUCAGUCAACCAAAUGAGGACCCAAUAAAAAUUUGUUUGUGUGUACAUUUAUCACUAGUGUUAUACAUUGUGUUGUGCGAGUGUUAUUCUAUAUCUUUUAUUCACUUUUUGACGACACAUUUGAAUAGUUGUUAUAUUUAGAUACUUAAUUUUUAUCGGAUGUGCAAUACGUCAAGCUCAAAUCCGUUACCUAUAGUUAGCUAAAUUUAUUAAAUUAAGGAUCUGAUUUUUGCUGACUAGAUGUUUCAUAAAUUAUCUGAAAGCCCAUAUAAAUCGCAACGUAAGCGUGAAUCUCGUUUAAGGGUAUGUCAAAAUGAUUUAUCUUUAUUGAGUUGAUAAUGAGAUGCUUCUGGGGUACGGAAUUAAUUAACUUAGUUUUUUGUUAUUACAAAAUUUCUAUUAAAUAUUUAAAUGAAUUUAUUUUUUACGUUGGGAGUGGGCAAUGGUGUUAAUACAAUAUUUUGCAAUAGAUUUUACAUCAUUUUAAAUAAAAUUUAUUUAUUGUUACGGUAUAACCACUUAUAUUUUUAUAUAUGAAAUAUAUAGAGCGUAAUUGUUGCAAUAUACGAUUUGUGCAAUCAGUGUUAUUGAUUUUACUAAUUAAUUUGAACGAUGCUCGAAUAUUAUAACUAAGAACAAUUAAUUAUUUAUUUGACAAAAAUUUGUGCCAUUUUGAUAUUGCAAUAUAAUUCUUUUUUGAUGCAUUUAAAUAAUAUGGAGUUUUUGUUACAUUCCCAUGAUUAUCACGAAUCUUCAACUAAGUCUUCUAAGGAAAUUUUAACUAUUUAACAUUUUAUUGUCACAAUAUUUCACUUCAUAUAACAUUCCUGUGGCAGUUUGUUUUGCCGUAAUCUUUGUUAUGUAUCUGUAUUUUCGAAUCUAUUGUUGAAUGUAGGGUAGUAAACUUGUGAUAUUGCAAUCAUGUUUUGUUUACAAAAAUAAAUGAU